UUCUAAUCCAUGAAGUGAACACUUUUAUCCACCAACGUUGAAAAGCUUUCCUCUUACACUUUCUGUUGCAAUGCCUCUCCUCGAUCUUCCAGAUGAGUUACUCCUUCUCAUCAUUGAAAGUUUAGACAACGAGAAGGACAUCCUGUCUUUUCUAUUAACAAACUCCCGAAUCUACGGCAUCCAACAGAUGGGCCCUCUAUAUGCAUAUAACAUCAAGUUUUCUGGAAGUUCAUCUUUACUGUGGUAUACAGAAAUAGGAUAUAAAUCGUCUGUGGAGGCACUACUUGACAAAGGUGCCGAUCUUGAGUGCAAAGCUGGGGAUUGGGAAACUCCGUUGAUACUGGCUGCUUUACACGGCCAUAGGCAUAUCGCUAAGCUGCUUAUUGAAAAAGGCUGUGACCUAGAAUCUAAGGAUCGUCAGGGCCGAACAGCACUAAGACAUGCCUUUAACGCAGAAUAUCAGGAUAUUAUGGUGCUACUGCUUGAGAAAGGCUGUGAUAUAUUAUGUGAAGGUAGCUGGACAGCCAUUGGAACAGCUGCUGAAAAUGGAUAUGAAGGUGUGGUCAGACUGUUACUUGAGAGAGGAGCUCAUAUAGAAUCGAGAGAUGGUAAUAGCCGGACACCUCUUGGAUGUGCUGCUAUGGAGGGACAUGAAGAUGUGGUUGGAUUGUUGCUUGAGAAAGGUUCUGACAUAGAAUCUAGAGAUUGUGACGGUCAAACACCACUUGGAUGUGCGGUUAUAAAUGGACAUGAAGGUGUGGUUAGGAUGCUACUUGAAAAGGGUGCCGAUUUCGAGUACAAAUCAAGUAUCGGUGUUACACCGUUGAUGUCUGCUGUUAGAUGGGGGUAUGCAGAUAUAGUUCAGCUUCUGCUUGAAAACGGUGCUGAUGCGGGGUGCAAAUAUUGGGAUGGCAACACACUUCCAGAACUUGCUUCUCGUCAUAGACACACGGAGGUGCUUAAGGUUCUGCUUGAAAACGGUGCUUGCUGAUCAGAGUACAAAGACGAG